UUCAGUGACCCGGGGCAGAGGGACGUUCCCAGCCGCCAUUCCUCGCCACAGCCAGGCCCCAAGGGACGAGACACGGGUCCUCCCCGUCCCUCCUCCAGGGGUGGCUGUGGAAAAAAGCCAGGCGGCCCUGCCCGCCACAAGAUGGCGAGGACAGGUGGGCAGGGUGGGUGGGGACUGGAGAGAAGGGACCGUGAGUCCUGGGUCCAGGGGCCUCCUGUCAGCGGCUCAUUUCACGCCUGAGCCCCCAGGGCCGGCUUCCGCCCCAGCUUCCCCUUCUGUGCGCUGCCCUCAGCCACAUCGCAACUGCAGAGUGAGCUCACGCCCGGCAGGUCCAGGUAGACCCAGACCAUGCUGCUCCUGCUGUCCCUGCUGUCCCUGCCGCUGCGCGGGUCCUGGGCUCAGCAGCCAGGGUACUGGCUGCAGGUGGAGAGGCAGGUGACGGUGCAGGAGGGCCUGUGCAUCCUCGUGCCCUGCUCCUUCUCCUACCCCAGCGACGGCUGGGACUCUGACCCGGUCUACGGCUACUGGUUCAAAGAAGGCGCCGAGGUGGAAAAGGGGUCCCCUGUGGCCACGAACAACCCAAACAGAAAUGUGUGGUGGCACACCCAGGACCGGUUCCAGCUCGUGGGCAAGCCCCUCGAGAAGAACUGCGCCCUUCUGAUCAGAGCGGCGUGGUGGAGUGACGGGGGAACGUACUUCUUCCGGGUGGAGACAGGAAAGAAGGUGAAAUACAGUUUCAAGACCGAGAGGCUCACGCUGGAAGUGACAGACCUGACUCAGAGGCCAGAUAUCUUCGUUCCUGACACCCUGGAGCCCGGACAGCCCGUGACCGUGCUCUGCGUCUUCAACUGGAGCUCCAAGCAAUGCCCAGUCCCUGCCAUCUCCUGGGCAGCACCCGCCCUGGACUCUAAAGAAACCAGACCAGCAGACGCCCCCUACAUCAUGCUCAGCCUCACCCCACGACCCCAGGACCAGGACGCCGAGCUCACCUGCCGAGUGGACUUCUCCAGGAGCAGCCGGAGCUCCGAGAGGACGGUCAGACUGCGCGUGGCCUAUCCCCCCAAACACCUUGUGGUCAGCAUUUCCCAUGACAGCGGACCAGCCCCGGACACCCAGGGCAAUGGCUCCCGUGUGGAGGCCCAGAAAGGCCAGCUCCUGCGGCUCCUCUGCGCUGCUGACAGCCGGCCCCCUGCCACGCUGACCUGGGACCUGGAGGGCAGAGUCCUUGCUCGGUCCCCUCCCUCGGGACCCAGAACCCUAGAGCUGGAGCUGCCCAGGGUGAGGCCUGGGGACGCAGGGCGCUACACCUGCAGGGCAGAGAACAGGCUGGGCUCCCAGCACAGCUCCCUGGAGCUCUCCGUGCAGUAUCCCCCGGAGGACCUGAGAGUGACAGUUUCCCAAGCAAACAGGACAGUCCUGGAAAUCCUCGGGAACGGCACAUCCCUGCCCAUGAUGGAGGGCCAGAGCCUGCGCCUGGUGUGUGCCACCCACAGCAGCCCCCCAGCCAAGCUGAGCUGGGCCUGGGGGACACAGCCCCUGAGCCUCUCCUGGUCCUCAGCCCCUGGGGUCCUGGAGCUGCCCCGGGUGCAGAUGGAGCAUGAAGGGGAAGUCACCUGCCACGCAGAGAACCCGCUGGGCACCCGGAGUGUCUCUCUCAGCCUCUCUGUGCACUAUGCCCCCCAGCUGCUGGGCCCCUGGUGCUCCUGGGAGGCUGAGGGUCUGCGCUGCAGCUGCUCCUCCCGGGCCCGGCCUGCCCCCUGCUCCUCCCGGGCCCGGCCUGCCCCGUCCCUGCACUGGCGGCUCGGGGAGGAGCUGCUGGAGGGGAACAGCAGCAACGCCUCCUUCACGGUCUCCUCCAGCCGGGCCGGGCCCUGGGCCAACAGCUCACUGAGCCUCCACGGGGGACUGAGCUCAAGUCUCAGGCUCAGCUGUGAGGCAGGAAAUGAGCACGGGGCCCAGAGCACCACUGUCCUGCUGCUGCCAGACAGGACACCCAUCUCCGCCGCGCUCUCCAAGGGAGUGUUCGUGGGCAUCGGGGGCACCGCACUCCUUUCCCUCGGUCUCGUUCUCAUCCUCGUGAAGGCGCUGAGGACCUCGAGGGCCCAGGCCGAGGCCCUGAGGCCCAAGCUCUCCCGGAGAAGCACCAUCCUGGAUUACAUCAAUGUGAUCCCUAAAGCCAGGCCCCUGGCUCGGAAUCAGAAGGCCAAGCCAAGCAGCCCUUCCCAGAUCCCUUCUCCAGAAACCCGCACCCCAGUACCAAAGAAGAACCAAAAGGAGCAGCACUGGGUUUCCCUUGGCUGCCCAGAGCCCAAGACAUUCACUGGCAAAGCAGACUCUGAGAUCAGCCCCGAGGGGCUCCACUACGCUACUCUGAACUUCCCAGGCCCCCGACCGCGGGAGAGCCAGCAGCCCACGGACACCCACGAAGACUACGCGGAAAUCCAGUUCUACCCAGGGCCUCGCAGGCCUUAGGGCCGAACCUCGGCUGGGGAGCAAGGUGGGGUGAUAAAAAGGUUCAGAGAAAAGAGUGCAAAGUUUCUCUUCUUAAAAUGAGAUUUUCCAAGGACGGGUCCGCCCAGCCCGGCCCAGGCACGUGGAACAGCGUAACAAAUCAGUCCGUCCGGCGUGGCCGUGCCUGGCUGAGCCCCGGGAGCCCAGGUACCACCCCAGCAUCGCGCUCACAGCCCCCCAGAUUCUCCAGGGUGGCAGGGCCUUAGAGGUGACUGCUGCCGCUUGGACGUAGUUUAAAUGUGCUCCUCAAAGCAUUGUGCGAUGGAAUCUGUCCCCGGCAGUAAAAGUUUUACUAAGGCAGUAAAACUUUGAGGCGGUGGGGCCUAAAGAAAGGUGGAUAGGUCCAGGGGACUUCACCCCGGGAGCGGCCGCGCUGACCCUCAGACUGGGGCUGGUCGGGCUGUCUCAGCGCUCUUGCUUUCCGCCUCCUGUGUAAUCUCUCCCUCUCACACAUGCACAGUUACCUCCUUGCAUAACAACUGCUUGAAACAGAGUAUUCACUGUGAAGAUGUCCCAGUCUCAGCCAGGGGGUAAACCGAAAGCCACCCCAGCCUGGCCCAGCUCCCCUCCGUUUCACCAUCUCUCCUGCAAGGGGCGCUACUGACUGAAAAGCGGCUCAGCCAACUCCCGGUCCGAAGGCGAGUUAGCGCUAAGUCCACCGGAAACAAGACGCUAAACAAUAGGGAGACGAUUCAGAGAGGAGAGCAUGCAGCUAUUUGCGAAAAGUGCUGUAAAGUGUGUGUGGGGGGGUCAGAAGUGGACUGCGCUUUGUCCAAGCACGGGCAGACGGUCGAUGUCAAUAAA